UCCCGUCCCUCAUUAAGAGAGGUCAUGCAAACUGCAGGCUGCUCCAGCAAGUCAGACUCAUUUCACAUUCAAAUCCAGAUGACAGGCUGAAAACUAUGGAGCCUACACAGAAGAGGACCUCACCACCCCAUGCACCAGGAGAGGACAAGCAUGCAGAGCCCACCUCUGACCUUUAAUGGAAUAUCUUGCAGGUGUUAAGAGACCUUAACCAGAUGGGGUGCAACUGCUGUAGAAUGCUGAACAGUUACAUGUUCAAACCACAAGAACAGCCGACAAAUGGAUAUGUGAAUGAAGCACACAGCUACGAUCAUGACCGUUCCAAGUCACCAACUAUAAAGAUCAGUGAACUUAUGAGUGAGGGAUACAACGUAAUAGAACGAGACAGAUUCACUGGCUCACAUGAUUUGUACAAUGGGCCUGAAAAGAUCAAUGCUAAAACUGAUGAAGCAGAUUCCACAGAACCAUACAGUUUCUCAUCAUAUGCCAUUUUAAAUGGGAACUUUAUAGGUGAUGACAAAGAACAAGAUGCCCAUUCCUCCCAAUCUCAUGACAACCUGCAGUCAACACCUACUUCCAGCCAAGAUAGGCUAGACACAUCAAAUGACCACACAACCAAUUCUGACGAGCCAGAAUGCAUUCAGCAUGAGCUAUCUGGAUCAAUGCAGGAAAAUAUUUCUCUUACAGAAAGUGCAAUACUUGAAGUCCAAAGUAGUAACUUACACUUAGAAUCCUCCAAUGACAUUGGAAAUAUCACACAGUUCAUUAGUCUUCCAAAAGAGGCACAUCAUGUACAUGACUCUAACAAAGAUCCUUCAUACACAGCUCCCCAUGGAUCCAGAUCCCCAUCAGAUGACCAUGUUUUUAUAGAUAGGUCAAGGCCUCCUUCAUUGGUUCACCUCAUUAUCGAAAGAAGUGCAGCACGGGGUUCAAAGAAAGGUAUAGUAGUUACAAAUGGACCAUACCUGGAAGAGGAUAUGGAUCCAGAUGUGGCUGAAGCACUAGCAGCACUGGCCGCUGCAAUAGCCAGUGAAGAAUAUGAGGACUGUUAGGGAUCUGGAUGCACUUUAAAGAAAUAAUCAAACUUUCUUGAGAAAGACAAGCUUAGAUUUUCACAUCUUUGGAAUUCAGGAAGUUCUGGCUGAAAAUGUUUAAAGUCUAUCAGAAAAAAGAAGGAAAAUAUAUUGAAUAUACAAUAAAUUAUCAAGGGCAUAGGAUGAUGUUUUUCUGACGUACUGUUAAA